AUGACUGAGAUCAGUAUGUCUCUACCAAGACCAAAUGGCCCAAUCCGAAGCGAAACUCAUCUACCUCCCCAUGAACGCCAAUCGGUUGUGCAAGUACCCGUAACACCUGGCGUAGCCAUAGGGACGUAUGAUGAAGACUAUUUUGACAGGAAUACCCGUCAAAGCCCAAAGGCUGCGUCCAGUCGAAAAGCAGUUCGUGGCACAACUAAACCUUUGCCAGCUGACGGGAAUAUAAUAUCUGUCACUUUCACCGUCCCUCACGUUUUGGAAUAUCGCCAAGGUUCAGACUGGGAAUUGCACCGCUGCUAUCAUCGCUCUGCAUUAUUGGAUGCUCUGCAUUACCUCUCUUCAGACAGUCCUCGCAACCACACCGUUGUGGCAUGGACCGGUGAGAUUCGGCACGGUUCUGACAGCAAUGACGAUACAAAACCCGACGAUGAACCGCCUGUAGUACCGUCAUCAACCUCUAUUGCCCUGGGAGGCAACGCAAAUGUUCAAACAGGCAAGUCGGGCCAAGUCAGCGUAGCGUACGAUGACCAGCUACGGCUUGAGCGCCAGCUGUGCGAAGACGAACUCAACAUCGUCCCUGUCUGGCUUGCAGACGAAACCGACAUUACGGAGGAAGGAAUAAAACUCCAGGACCAAUCGAAGUGGAGACGAUAUGCCGAGCACGACCUUUGUGCCUUGCUUCACUACAAGCAGCACCCGCCCACGGAAGCAUACAAGGAGGGAACGAGGUGGGCGGACUAUUUUCGAAUGAACCGGCUCUUCGCGGAGAAAGUACUUGAAGCGUACCAACCUGGAGACACUGUACUAAUCCAUGACUACUACUUGAUGCUGUUGCCGCAGUUCCUUCGCGAGCGGUAUCCAGACAUCAGCAUUGCCUUUUACCUCCACACGCCCUUCCCUUCUAGCGAGUUGGUUCGUUGUCUAAGCAGACGACGGGAUAUUCUUGAAGGCAUGCUUGGCUCUGAUCUUAUUGCCUUUCAGUCAUUUCAAUAUGCGCAACAUUUUGCAAAUUCUUGCGCUCGGAUUCUUGGCGCAGAAGCCUCACCCAACGCUGUUAAGGUGGCAUCGAGACGAGUUCAGAUUGAGGUGAUACCUGUAGGAAUAAACGUUUCCAACAUUCAUUCACUUGCGUGGACCGCCUCAGUUACAGAAAAGUGUUCAUCACUAAGAAAACAGCACAAAGGCAAGUCGAUUAUCGUGGCAUACGACCCCAAGGACAGACUUGGAGGCGUGGACAAGAAAUUACUCGCAUUUGACCGUUUCCUUGACCUGUAUCCGGACUUCCAAAAUCGAGUCGUUCUCCUCCAAGUGAUUAGCCAAACCACAAUGGAAGAAGAUGAUACCGAGGACUCGAAGUACGCCAGCAGUGUCAACGAGCUAGUCUCAGACAUCAACCGCAAGUACGGCUCGCUUGAAAACAUGCCAAUUCAGCUACACUCUCAGAGCCUCACCAUUGACGAAUACUUUGCUCUGCUGCGUUCCGGGGACGUUGCACUGUUCACGAGUGUUCGCGACGGGAUGAGCACGACGAGCUUGGAGUUCGUGGUUUGUCAACAGAAUGCGCAUGGCCCGACAAUCAUCUCUGAGUUUAGCGGAACGGCGAGUAGCCUGGAGGAGGCGAUUCACAUCAACCCUUGGGAUACGGUUGGUGUCGCGGAUCAGAUCUACGAGGCGCUGAAUAUGUCGGAGGAGGAGCGACAAACGAUGCACGCAGCACUGUACAGACGAGUCACCGAGUAUGAUGUUGGGUAUUGGGUUUCAACUAUGCUACGCUGUUUGAAAGGGGCUGCUGGUUCUCCGGCCCAAAGGUAUCAGGCGGUGGGUGGACUUCCAGUUGUGAGCGAGUAG